UCCGAGUCGUGUCGUCAUCAGCCAGCGACUUUUCUCCAGGCCUGUCGUCGCACGGAAUUGUACCACCAGUAACAAAAGACAUGGCUCCAUCUCCUACUAAGCGCAAGGAAGAGGAGAAAACUAAAGAUCGAGCUAAGGAAAAAUCUGCCGGCAAGGACGGCGAAAAGGACAGAGGACGUGAGAAAGCGAAGAAGCGCCGCAGCGCCUCCACUGGAAGCAGCAGCAGCAGGUCCCGAUCGAGCUCCUCUUCCAGCAGCAGUUCAGGUUCCAGCUCGGGCUCAUCCAGCGGCUCCAGCUCGUCCGGAAGCAGCCGCUCUGGCUCCUCCAGCUCGCGAUCCUCCUCCUCGUCCAGCUCCUCAGGCUCGCCCAGCCCCAGCCGCCGGCGCCACGACGCCCGCCGCCGCUCCCGCUCAGCGUCGAAAACACAGAAGAGGGGAGAAGAAAAGGAUAAGGAGAAAGAUAAAGAAAAAGAGAGGAGGAAAAGAACCCCCAGCCCCAAACCAACCAAGGUUCACUUGGGGCGGCUGACCAGGAAUGUCACCAAGGAUCACAUCCAGGAGAUCUUUGCCACCUACGGCAAAAUCAAGGCGGUGGAGAUGCCGAUGGAGAGGCAGGUCCCGCACAUGUCCAAGGGCUUCGCGUACGUCGAGUACGAGAGCCCCGAAGAGGCCCAGAAGGCUCUCAAGUACAUGGACGGAGGUCAGAUUGAUGGACAGGAAAUCACAGCGGCCGCCGUGCUGCCCCAGAGGGUCCGUCCUCCGCCCCGUCGCCUGUCUCCCCCUCGCAGAAUGCCCCCUCCCCCGCCCAUGUGGCGACGCAGCCCACCCCGCAUGAGGAGAAGGUCCCGCUCUCCGAGGAGGCGUUCGCCAGCCCGCCGCCGCUCUCGUUCCCGAUCACCCGGUCGCAGGCGUCAUCGCUCUCGCUCCAGCUCUAACUCAUCCAGAUAAAAAUCUUCGAAUGCUAUUUCUUCUUUUUUUAUUAUUGCAAAUUUACAACAAGAAAAAAAAGUUGUAAAACAUGUUGUCCUCUUGGGAUUUUUUUUUUCUGUCAGUACAAGUUUCUUGUAAAUUCUGUUGGUUCUGAUGAGUCCAAUGAGACGAUGAUCCUUUUUACUCUGUAUUGACUUUUAGAGUUUGAAAAAUAAAACUUAUGAAACAUUA